UAUAAAUAAACGCUCUUUAAUGAAUUUACCAGACUAUAUACAUUCAUGCUCUUGAAAAGCAUUUCAGUAUUAUAGUCUGUACCAACAUUCCUCCCGUGAGAAAUUGAGGACUGCUGAGGUCGAAAGCGGUGGAGUGCGGAGUGCGGAGCGUUAUCACUGCGUCAUCUCAGUCAUUGUGGCAUUAUUGCCUAUGUUACACGUAAGGUUAUUUAUAACCAAGUUUUUAACAUCAUUCCAUUAAUUCGAAAUGUUCGAUCUAACUAUACUGAUUUAAUUUAAUACAUCCACAAUAUAAACUCUAGUUCAAUAAUUAUUUACGGGUAACGGAAUUAAUAAAAAGAGAAACAAAACCAAAGCAUUAAUAAAAUUAGUAAAUAUAAACUCGGCAUUCAAGUGAAACAUUGUGUUUUUCAAUAAUCUCAUUACUGAUAACAAAAGUGCCAUACAGGAUUCAAUUCAGUGACACACGAGUAGUGAUACAGACAAGCGGUGUUUUCAUUGUUGACAAACAAUUGUUAUCUGAAAAAAUGAGCGCGAACGGAAACAAUGAUACAGUACCAGUAAGGAAAAUACCAAGUACUGGUAGAAUUGAAAAUCUGACCCAACGUUUUUAUGAUGAAUUUGGAUCAAAGCCUACGUUCUAUGUUCGUGUCCCAGGGCGAGUAAAUUUAAUUGGUGAACAUAUUGAUUACUGUGGUUAUCCAGUCUUACCCAUGGCAUUGGAGCAAGAUAUCUUGGUUGCGGCCAGUCUCACAAGUAAUUCGAAAUUAUAUUUACGUAACAUAAAUGGUAAAUAUAAUAAUUUUGAUGUAGAAAUUACAACGUUCGAAGAUAUAGAUAUCCAACCAGAUUCAAAUGGUAAACCAUUUUGGUAUAACUAUGUACUAUGUGGCCUAAAAGGUGCCUUAGAACAUUUAAAUAAUGACUUUACAAAUGGUCUAAAGUUACUUGUAGAUGGGAAUAUUCCUCCCGCAUCUGGAUUAUCAAGUUCCUCCGCACUAGUCAGCGCUGCUUGUUUAUCAUUUCUUUAUGCUCAAAAUGCACUGUUAAAUAAAACUGAAAUAGCUACACUGUGUGCUAAGAGUGAAAGAUAUAUAGGAACGCAAGGUGGAGGAAUGGAUCAGGCAAUAGCAUUUCUCGCAGAAAAAUAUAGCGCGCAAUAUAUCACGUGGCAACCAUUGAAUGCAACAGCUGUGGCUUUACCAGAGGAAGCAUCGUUCGUCGUGGCUCACAGUUUGGCAGAGGCUAACAAAGCCGCAACGAACGAUUACAAUAGAAGAGUUAUAGAAUGCAGAUUAGCAGCUAAGGUCCUAAUAAAAGCUGCUGGUGGUGAAGUAAGUCAAAAAAUCGUAACGCUAAGCCAAGCACAAAAAAUAUUAAACAAAACACUAGUUGAAAUGAUUGAUAUGGUCAACGAAUAUAUGCCGCAGGAAAUAUAUACUAAAAUUGAGGUGUGUAAGAAAUUAGACAUAACUGAAAACGAAAUGGAUACUUUAUAUUUAACCCCUAAUACAAGGCAUUUAAAGGAAUUUAAACUCAAACAGAGAGCCCUUCAUGUCUUUGGCGAAGCCUUGAGAGUUGAAGAUUUUCGCAAGGCUUGUACGCAAUACAUAUCAAAUGGAAAUAAUGGACACAUCAAUGGGUCGAAUGGAGCAACAGUUAAAUCUGAGAGUGAAUGUAUCGAUAAAAAAUUAUCAACCCUUGGAGAAUUAAUGUCGAGCAGUCAUGAAAGUUUAAAAACACUUUACGAAUGUUCUCACGAGAAUUUAGAUCGUUUAGUGGACAUAUCGAAAAAAAUGAAUGUACAUUGUAGGCUGACUGGGGCCGGGUGGGGAGGAUGUGUGGUUGCACUAUGUCCAAAAGAUAAAGUUGAUGAGUAUAUUGAAAUGUUACGAGAUGAAUUCUACGUUAAACAUUGCGAAAUAGAAAAGACCAAGGCCAGUGCAUAUGCUUUCGCAACCACACCAAAUUACGGUGCCUUAAUUUACAUUUAGAUUUCCAAUAUCAAAAUAUAUACUUCGAUGUAGAAAAUAAUAUAUUGUGUUGUUUGAGCCAUUUAUUAUGACCAAUAGUGGAAUAAAAUCAAUCUUGAUUCGGUUUAUUUAUUUUAAAUCGAUAAACUAUUAAUCUAAAAAAGAAAAGCUAUUUAAUUUGAAGCGUUUUAUUGUUAAUAACUUAACACAUAUUAAGGACAUUCUAUAAAUUAUUUCUACAAUUUAUUUUCUUAUUUUUCUAAAGAGCUCCAAUUUAGAGUUCCAAAUACGUACUAAUCUUUCAAAUGCAUUUAUAUUUUUUUAAUAAAAAUUUUCUAGGUAAGUACCCUAAUUUUUUUCCCGAUGAUUGAAUGAUUUGAUUUUAGAGCGAUAAAACGUCACAUACCUUUGAUUAAAUUGAAAAGCGUAUUGUAAGCGUAUUGUCUAUUUGCAUUUAAAAUAUUGUAUUAUUUAUAAUUAAGUUUGUAAAAUAAAAUUAUUUUUCAAGAG